UGUGUUUAUAAUAUACAUUGAGAAACCUCAGGAUCUCAUCCAAUAAUGUCAGAAGGCAUGUGGCACUACAGCUGAGGAUAAAAAGGGUGUGGGCACAUAUGAUCUUGGAAGGGCAUCACAUGUGAGGUGACAUAGCUAAAUGUUAUUCCUAUAUAUAUAUAUAUGCAUUUAUUAUGUGGUGUUCUCACAUACUCACAUAUAAGAACAACUGGUUACUUUAAAUAAUGUGUGACAUGAAUAAAUUUGGAAUAUGUCCAUGUGAUUCUGUAGAGAAAAUUGAGGGAGAGAACGUGGGUACAAUUGAUGGGCUUUCAGAUUCAUCACUAGAUCAUUCAAUAUUAUCUGCUUCUUGCAUGUGAGCUUUGUUCUUUUCUGCAAAUUCUUGCAUCUAUAAAUAACCUGUCUGUAUUUCAUAACCAACAAUCUUCCCUCUCAUUUCCUCAUCUUUCCACAUUUCACUACAACCUCCCCAAACAUGUCUACAAGAAGUAUGUUCUUACCAGCAGUGAUCUUAGUACUAUUACAUUGUUUCAUCAUCAAUGCCGGCGCUAUAACGCCUUCUGGAUGGAUUCAAGCCCAUGCUACAUUCUACGGAGGCAGCGACGCAUCUGGCACAAUGGGAGGUGCCUGUGGAUACGGCAACCUGUACUCAGCAGGAUAUGGAACAAGAACAGCGGCACUCAGCACUGCAUUGUUCAACAAUGGAGCUUCAUGUGGACAGUGCUUCAAGAUCAUGUGUGACUACAAAUCCGACCCUCAAUGGUGCAAGAAGGGCACCUCCGUCACCAUCACCGCCACCAACUUCUGCCCUCCAAACUACGAUCUCCCCAGCGACAACGGCGGCUGGUGCAACCCUCCCCGCCAGCACUUCGACAUGGCUCAGCCCGCGUGGGAAAAGAUCGGCAUCUACAAAGGCGGCAUUGUCCCUGUGCUCUACCAAAGGGUUCCUUGCAAGAAGAAUGGAGGGGUGAGAUUCAGCAUGAAUGGGAGGGACUACUUCGAGCUUGUGCUGAUCAGCAAUGUCGGGAAUGCUGGCUCUAUUCAAUCUGUUCGUAUAAAGGGAUCAAAGACAGGGUGGCUGCCUAUGUCAAGAAACUGGGGGGCGAAUUGGCAGUCCAAUUCUUACCUCAAUGGUCAACCUCUCUCUUUUAUGGUCACCACCACUGAUGGAGUCACCAAAACUUUCUUGAAUGUUGUCCCAUCUAAUUGGGCUUUCGGGCAGACAUUUUCAAGCCCGAUCCAGUUCUAAGCUGAAUCGGGUCGGGUUUUCUGUUUGGGCUGGGGCGGCGACGAGCAGCCCGCCAAUUUUUUUUUGAAUUGAUUGUUCAACAACAUUUGUAUAUGAAAAGAGAACGACAUAAGAUAUGGUGAACGAGUGGAUGUCGUUGAAA